GAUUGUGGGUCUUUGGGUGCUUUUCACAUUUUGGCCAUUCUAACUGCAAGUGUGCCAAACAUAUGCACUUGCAAAUCCCAUUUGCAGCAUUUGUGCUUGAAUGCAGAAAGCAGCCUUGUAAUAGUAUUUGCCCUGCGAAGACUGGCGAUGACGAUGCGAAGCUUUGUGAUCAGCUUGUUGGUGCCUUUAGUGUGUGGCACGUGCCUUGAUGGUGGUGUCCCGCCCUCUGAGCGGAAGAACCUGGAAAAUGAACAUGGGGACUCCUAUCCUGUUGGCAUCUUCGUUCCGGAUUGGGCUGCAUCAUGGGCAGCCAAUGUUUUGGUGGCAACAAUCGUGGAGGAGAUCUUUGGCUACAACGUGAGCAUUGUGAAGGGCACUGGAACAGUGAGUGGCUACUAUGCCGUCAGCGGCUGCGUGGAUCCUACCGCGGUGGGCGAUCCUGGCUGUGGCUUAGGCAACGCCACCAAGCAUCACAUUGUGAUGGAGGCUUGGACAAAUGGCUACCCUUUGGUGUGGGAGACGCUUCAGAACGAAUACCCAGGUGUUGCAGCGAAGAACUUGGGAAACAUGGGAUAUGAAGGUGUCACCUCGACCUUCGUUCCAAAGCGCGUGAUAGGGGAAGCAGAGCAGGCGGAAGGAAUCGCCUUGCAAUACUUCAAGUACUGGAAUGCUUCUUGGUACCAGCCUUCCAAAUACUUUGAGUCUAUCUCAGCUAUUCCCUCUGGGUUGACCAAACUUUGCAGCGACUCCACGUCUGUGAUGACUGAUGAUGCAACUAUGAGGAGGCACAUCGUCUUCACAGGAGAUGUUGAUGGCUUGGUCCACGACAGCACUUCUGAUGCAUAUUCAGCCCGCUGUGAUGAUGGUCAUUGGUGGCUUUCACCUUCUUGCCGAUCAAACUCUACACUUUGCGUUCCCUUCAUCACUGGAGGUGUUGGUUGGGGCAUUGAAGAGCUGAUGCACAAAUCGACCAAAUUGAACAUGCCCAUGGCCCUCGGUGUGGCAGCAUCCUGGAGCGCUUACACGGAGUUUCCUUUUCUGCAUCCAAAAUCUCACUUCUAUUGGUGGAUCCCAGAUCCCACCUUUCUGGAGUUGGAGCCAGUUCAGGUGGUCUAUCCACCGCAUGACAAAAGACUUUUCAGCAGUGGUGAUUUGUCGACCGCAACAGUAGGCGUUUCGGUUGACAAGCACGUCAGCAGAGACUUGAGCAUUUUGGCGCCCAAUGUGGAGAAUUUUGUGAGCAAGAUUCUUAUGACCUUGGAGGACAUGAACGCGAUUCUCCUCGACCAAAAAAAUACAACUGAUAGCUGGAGACAGACAACAUGCCGAUGGCUUCAUUCAAAUCAACAUGUCUGGCAAUCCUGGAUUCCUGAUGAGAGUCAAUGCUUCCCGGGCUUUGGGCUUUACGACACAGGUCUGGAUGAUUUCACCAACCAUCGGGCGAAUACCUCUAACAAGAUCGUGUGUCAGGCUUGCCCCUCGGGUACCUUCUCGCAGCUCUUGGAAGAUUCCAUUGGCGAGACCUACAUUUGUGUGCCAUGUGCCAAAGGAAAAAGCCAACCUCUUGGCGCGGCCACAGAUUGCAAUCUUUGCAAAUCAGGCGAGUAUCAGGAUGAGAUUGGGAGCAAAACUUGCAAGCGCUGUGAGAUUGGCCUCUACCAGGACGAACUGGGAGCUGAAGUGUGCAAGAGCUGUCCUGCUUCCACCACGACCCUGGGUUUAGGAUCGGUCAGCCAAAAGGAUUGCGGUUGCGAGGAACACAACAUCAACAUCGAUGUUUCAGGCUCUUACAAUUGCGUGCCGUGCAGCGAAGGCUUGACAUGUCCACUGAAGUCCACGCUCGUUGACUUGCAAAGCGGCGCAAGCUAUCUCGGCCAGCAGUACACCCCAAAGGUCCAGGAAGGAUACUUCAGCACAGUGCUGGCGCCAACCGAGGUAUACCGAUGCAGCAGUGUUGCGGCCUGCCCUGGUGGCACGCCUGGCACAUGCAAUGGUGGGCUCACGAACACGCCCUGCGCACAAUGCCGUGCAGGUGCCACUUGGACUGGAAGCCAGUGCGAAGAAUGUGAGGGUUGGCGCCAAGUCCUGUGGGCC